CCACACAGACAGUGAUAAGAUUAUCUCCCAACUCCAUUUUAUUGAUAUCAACGUCUCCGAAAUCCUUAUAAAACCCAAGUGAGACUAUGAUAGGUUUGCUCAAUCAACGAUCGUCAAGGUGGUUGCAUUAGAAGCGUCAGUGAUAAGUUGAUAAAUUAUUUUUGUAUUGUGCAUUGAAACGUGCGACAAAAUGGCGCAUCUUCGGUCGCUACUCGUAGCGAUUGCCUUGGUUGUCUGCGCCGGAGCCACUCCUCUACCUGAAAAUGAUUUUUCGAUCACCAGAGCCGAACCAGAGGUUCGGGGUGAUCCCAAGGUUUAUCGACUUCCUACGGAUGUUGUACCUGUGUCCUACACCAUAAAACUUGAGCCUGAUUUCGAUAGCGGCAAUUUCACGUUCACUGGUGUGUCGGAAAUAACCAUCAAUGUACUGACAAAAACGGAUAAAAUAACGUUGCAUGCAAGCAAUUUAACCAUCGCAAAAUCAGAGCUUCGUAACGCGGCGAAUGUUCUCAUUGAAACUAAAUGUAAUCCGCUGAACCCUACGAAUGAUUUUCUGAUUAUUAAUUUGACGCAAGUGAUAGCUCCUGGUACCUAUAAAUUGAAAUUGGAAUAUGAGGGCAAAUUGAAUGACGAUUUGAAGGGCUUCUAUCGUAGCUCUUAUGUAGACGAUUACGGUAAAAAAAGAUGGCUAGCUACAACGCAAUUCGAACCUACCCACGCUCGGAGUGCAUUUCCAUGUUGGGAUGAGCCACAUCUGAAAGCAAAAUUUAGCAUUUCGAUCAAACACCCCGAAAGAUUGAACGCCAUUUCGAAUAUGCCUAAAUCAAUCAUUAUACCUGAUUCGUCUGACUUAUCAAAGCUCACCACGACUUUCAGCACUACACCAAAUAUGUCAACUUACUUAGUUGCUUUUGUAGUAUCAGAUUUUUCAGCUCUAUCAAAUAGUGCUGGAUCUUUCAAAAUAUGGGCAAGACCAAAUGCUAUUCGACACGGAUCUUUUGCAUUGAAUAUUGGUGAGAAGGAGUUGGAAGCUCUUGGAAACUUCACCAACAUUCCAUUUAAAAAUCACGAGUUCCCGAAAAUGGACUCAGUUGCCAUUCCUCAAUUUGCAGCGGGUGCUAUGGAAAACUGGGGUCUUGUUACUUACAGAGAGUCGGCACUCCUUGUCGAUGAAAAUGUAACAACAAUCGCUGGCAAAGAAUCGGUUGCAAGUAUCAUAAGUCACGAAUUUGCCCACCAGUGGUUUGGUAAUUUAGUCAGUCCAAAAUGGUGGCAAUACACGUGGCUGAAUGAAGGCUUUGCAACAUAUUUCCAAUAUGUCAUCACAGAUUUGAUUCUGCCCGAAUGGAGAUUGAAGGAUCUUCAGGUUGUUAAAGCUCUUCAGAGUGCUGCCUUUCCAGCUGACAGUGUCAGUACAGCUGUUGACAUGAAUUACGACGUGAAUAGCCAGGUUGAAAUUAAAGCCAAAUUUAACAGUAUUUCUUAUCAAAAAGCGGGUUCAGUCAUUCGAAUGAUCAAUCAUGUUGUUGGAGAAGAUAAGUUCAAGGCUGCUCUGCAAGCCUAUCUGACAGCCAUGAAGUUCAGCGCAGCAACAUCCGAUGACCUUUUCAAGGAAUUUAAAAAAGUAGCUCCAAAGUUUACGGGAACAACCACAGAUCCCAUUACAAUUUUCAAUAACUGGGCCAAUACUCCAGGUUUCCCGACCAUUAAUGUGACCAGAAAUUAUGUAAACGGAACAGUAAACAUCGUCCAAGAACGCUACCUUUACAAGCCAGAUGGUAAUCACACUGAACGUUAUUACGUUCCACUCAACUACGCUAUGAAGAAGGAGGACUUUGCAACCACUACCGUCACAAACUGGUUAGAAAAAGAUAAAGCAAUAGAAAAUCUCGAUGUCAAAGCUGUGAAAGACAAGUGGAUUAUCUUCAACAAGCAGCACUUUGGGUACUAUCGCGUCAACUACGAUGAGCAAAAUUGGAAAUUAAUUACCGCGUUCUUGAAGACCAAGAAUUACACAGACAUUCAUGUGCUCAAUAGAGGACAACUUGUCGAUGAUGCGCUUAGCCUGGCAAGGAAUGGAAAGCUGAAAUGGGACAUAGCACUUGACUUAAUGGCCUUCCUCAAACAGGACUUUGAUUACGUUUCAUGGACUUCUGCAUUGACUGGAUUCAGUCACUUACAGAGAACACUAUUCAAUACUGCUUCCUAUGCCAGUUUCAAGGCUUAUCUUUUGGACUUACUAGAACCCGUCUUCAAGACUGUCAAAUUCUAUGAAUCUCCAGAAGACCUUUAUCUGACCAAACUGCUAAGAGUAUCUGUCUUGGACUGGGCAUGCAAACUGGGAUCUAAACCAUGCCGUGAUCAAGCACUGCAAAAUCUCACAAAGUGGCUUCAAGAUUCCACGAAAAAUCCACUUCCACCCAACUUGAAGAAUACCAUCAUAUGCGCGGGUAUUCGAAACGCCGAUCAAGCCACUUGGGACAAAAUUUACGCCAAGCAGAUUGGGCUUGAGGAGAAAAAUCUUCUGGGUCCACUUGGAUGUUCCUCGAAUGUCAACAUCUUAAAAAGCUACCUGUCCAAAGCUAUGAAUGAAUCCAUCGCCGCCGACGAUCGUGAUGAAAUUUUUGAGGCUGUCAUCAGUAGAAAUGACGAAGGUGUCAAUGUAGCUCUUGAUUUCAUUCUGGCUAAUGCGGAUAAAAUUUACCAAGUAUCUGGAAAUAGUACCGAAAAACUUAAAUCGUACAUCACCAAGGUUGGAUCUAGAAUCAAUAACAAAGCACAACACGCCAAGUUAAUCGGGGCCGCUAACGCACAUGUGAAAAGUGUUUCCGCUGACGGUGUUAGCAAAGCUCAAGAAAAUCUUGAUUGGCUCGCUACCCAUGAACCGGCCAUCAUCGAACAUUAUAAACAGAAAGAUACGCCUCCAAAAAAGCCAAAUUCAGCUGUAACUGGAACCAUAUCCUUUCUUUUAUUCAUAGUGUCAUUUUCAGUCUCGCGAUUAUAUGCGGAACUUGUAACCAUGACCAGUCAUCAAAAAAUUUGGACAACCAAAAUGAUGAAAAUAAAAUUUAUUAGUUUUCUCCUGUUGAUCAUCUCUGCACUAUCACAGUCCUCCACUGUAUAUACUCCCACGAAAUAUGAAGAGCAAUUGAUAGCAAAAGUCAUCGGAUACCGAUUACCGAACACCACAGUACCCAGAUUAUAUACUCUGAAUUUGGAACCUCAUAUUGACGAUAAACAUUUUUCUUUCGAUGGUACCAGUAGCACUCUCUUUGAAGUGCUUGAUGCAACAUGGAGUGUAACAGUACAUGCAUCAACUCUUAUUGAAAUCGAUAAAACGUACACGACCCUCAUUCACAGUGAUGGUACAAUUGAGAAACCGGUUUCUCAAAGGUACAAUGAACAUCUCCAGUUCUUCAGCCUAAAAUUCAAUCAUUCAUUGGAUAUUGGUAAUUAUACAGUGAGAAUGAAAUGGAAGGGACACGAUUAUGGGAGUUUGCGAGGAUUCUAUCGAGCUGAGAACAGGAAUACGUACGGGGAAACACAAUACAUGGUAGCAACUCAUUUCGAACCCCUCGCAGCCCGAUCUGCCUUUCCCUGCUGGGAUGAGCCCGGUCUAAAAGCGGAAUUUGAUAUCUCUUUGAAACAUCACAGCAAUUACACAGCGCUAUCAAAUAUGCCUAUGAAAGAACAAACGACAGAUGAAGAUGGAAAAAUAUGGACGAGCUUCCAGAGAACUCCAGUCAUGUCUACAUAUCUGGCAACAUUUGUCAUAGCCCCUUACACUAGUCGUCGCAAUGAUCAUGGGAAUAUAACAUUUUGGGUUCCCUCAGAUGAACUAUCGUCUGCUGCUAUUGGUUUCGAAGUCACUUCUCCGAUUGUCACGGCCUUGGAAAAUUACACUGGAAUUCCUUAUUCUUUACCUAAAUUAGAUGCUGUUUACGUUCCCGAAUACUCAUCUUCGGCUACUGAGCACUGGGGCCUCAUUGCUUAUUCAGGACAGAUCUUAGUUGACCCAAACCGCGGGGAUCAUCGACGACUGAAUGCUGCCAUAUUGUUAGCAGCUCAUGAAAUUACUCACCAGUGGCUGGGAAAUUUAGUGACUCCUGCAUGGUGGAGUGAUCUUUGGCUAAGCGAGGCUUUUGCUGUCUACAUGAGCGCCAAAAUAGUUGAUGAAAUAAUCCCUGAAUUUCACGCUGUAGACCUCUUCGCUAUUGAGAUGGUUAAUCAAGUGUCCUUCAGGGCGGAUUAUUUUCGGGAUAAACCGCAUCCCAUUAGAUGGGAACCCGAGACUCCAGAAGAAGUUUACUCAAUGUUUUCGCCCGUGACUUACCGAAAAGGAGCCGCAGUAGUGCGGAUGCUAGAGCAUAUAAUAACUGAAGAAGCCUUACGCCAUGGUAUCCGGAAAUACGUAGAUAAACACCAAUUAGGUUCAGUUGAAACAAACGAUCUAUGGCGAAGUCUUCAAGAAAGUUACAAUGAGUUGAGAGUAUCGCCUCAUUUAAAUAUAAAAACACUAAUGAAUCCCUGGCUGGAGCAAACUGGAUAUCCACUUUUGAAUGUCACCCGGGAUUACGAAACAGGGUUUGUCAGUAUCACACAAAGUGAUGCCGUCCAUCCAGAAUCAGGGAAUCUUUGGACGAUUCCGAUAAAUUAUGCUACAACUUCACGACCAGAUUUUUCAUCCACUCGACCAACGCACUUUAUGAGACGUGCAAAUCAUAGUCUUAUACUUGAUCGAAUCAACAGGAAUGAUGGGAUAAUUCUAAAUAUUCAACAAACUGGAUUCUACCGUGUGAACUAUGACUGGGAAAAUUGGAACCGUAUCAGUGCAUACCUGAACUCCGAAAAUUAUCACAAAAUUCAUGUGUUGAAUCGUGCACAAUUGCUUCAUGACGUCGUACAUUUUUCCACAACGGACGAACGUUAUUGUGAAUUACUGAUGGAUAUGCUUAUGUACUUACGCAGAGAAACUAAUUAUCUACCUUGGACAAUUAUGCCGAAACUCAUCGAACGAUUUGCACUCCCUUUGAUGAAUACACCCAACUUUGAAUUCUUCCGAAAUUUCAUGUUACAUAUUAUGAACAAUAUGAUAGAACACAUUGGAUUCACUCAUCGUCCCUCUGAGGAUAAUAACUUGUUGUAUUUGGCUAGAGGUACACUUUUUCCCUUCGCCUGCAAUUUAGGUCAUGAAGGAUGCCGAGCCGAAGCCCCUCUGAAACUGAUGGAGAUCUUGAAUGGCAGGAUUGACGAAGCAUUUCAUAAUCAGUAUCAUGGAUGGAUCUACUGUACUGCACUUGCGGACGCCAAUGAAACACUUUGGAAUCUGGUGAUGAGUGCUCAUUGGGCAAAUCCCCGUGAACACCGUGCGUUUCAAGCCCUCGGGUGCACUAAGAAUCAUCGGUUGAUUAGAAAAUAUCUCGCCUUAGCGUUCGCCGAAAACGCUACGCUGUUAUCUGAUGAUGUGUAUGAGGGUUUGAGUUCGAUGAUAUCGGGGCCUGCAGGGAAUUACGAUUUUGCUCUUGAUUAUUUCAUUGAAAACAUUGAUCAAAUUCGUCAAUAUUUGAACGAGAGGAAUUCUACCCGCGAAAUUUGGUAUCUUUGUAAGGAGUUUGCCCAGUUAGCCAAAACACAGAAUCAAUUUGAGAAGUUGACAAGAUUCCUCAACAAAGAAACUGAAGACGGGAAGAUCAGCAAUGUCAGGGAACUUAUCGACACCGCAAGGGAGUCCCUGAGGGAAUCUGACAAAGUAUCUACAAUCAUUAAUUCCAUCAGAAAGAGGAAACCAUACCUCCUGACUUUCAUAGAAAAUUGAAAUGUAAUUAGAAUUAAUGUGCACUGUAUAUUUGUCAGAUUAAAAAACUUUAAAUCUUGAA